CGCCAGACAGAGAAAACGGGUUUUCCGGCUCCAAAAACCGCUGUAUUGCUGGUCCUCAGCUGAGGUGAGUGAGAUGUCGUCGCUGCCCGUGCUUUCCCAGAUCGCCACAGCUCUUGGUGUGGCGUCUGUGAGUGCGCUGGCGGCACCGCAGCGACUCAAAGGCAUCGGAGAGAGCCUGGCGCCGCUGCUCAGCCUCAGGUGUGUCUGUGCAUUGGAAUGCAAUGCACACUCGCAAGCAGACAGACAGACAGACAUGGAUGAAACGACAAACGGGCGCUGAGGAUGGUGCUGGCAUGUUUGUCGCAUGAUUGAGAGUUGGUCGAUGUUGACGCGGUUCAUUUCAUGAGAGUCCGACCGACUUCGUUGUCCCCCCCCAUGGAUGAAACGAAGAUGGAAGAUCUGCGGCAUGGCAGAUCUAUCUGCUGGGCAUGUCUGUGUGUAUGUUUGUGUAUUUCAGCUGGGGCAUCUUGUUCGGUUCGCAAGUAUGGGUCUCGCUGGUCAGUGGCAUCAUCAUGUUCCGCACUGGUGAGCGGAGUGCAACCUUGCACACUGACGAGUGUGUUUGGGGCAAGGCAACGGCUGAGUUGUGUGUGUUUGUAGUGCCUCGUCACACCUUCGGCAAGUUGCAAAGCAAGCUCUUUCCCGCUUAUUUCCAGCUGUCCACCAUCUGCUCGUCCCUCCUCACCAUCGCCACAGCCGUCCUGAUGCCGUCAAACCGCCUUCUUCACACCUGUGCUGGCCUAUCGCUGGCCUCCUCUCUCGUCAACCUGGUGUACCUGGAGCCUCAGACUACCGCCACCAUGUACGAGAGGCACGCGAUUGAGAGGGAGCUGGGCAUCGGGGUCAGCAUGAAGGACGACCCCGCCAGUGUGGAGAAGGCCAAGGCCAACACCGAGCUGCAGCGGCUCAACAAGAAGUUCGGGAUGUACCACGGCAUCUCGUCACUGAGCAACCUUAUCGGGUUGGCGGCUCUCUUUCCCUUCGCCUGGGCCAUCAAGCCAGAGCGGAGAGCAGGGAGGACUGUGUAGUAGAUAAGAUAAGAUUAUGGGGACCAGACCAGACCACAUCGCUGGUACGUACAUGCAUACAGACAGUUGUGGAUAUGUGUGUGUGCUGAUGUCAUUGAUGUAUGGCCGAAGGAUGGAUGGAUGAGACAGACAGACAGACAGACACCGACUAAGCCAGCGAGACCGAUCGAUUAUUAAUCGAUUGUGGUUACGUGACAGUGAGUUUUAAAAGAAUAUAUGAGUG